CAUGCGUGCGUGGUUAAACCCAUAGCUUCCGGAAAAAUGUCACCGUGAAAGAAGAGCAAGGGGAACAUAAUGGUGUCCCCCUGGAGAAGUGUCCUCAUGCUGGCCACCAAACUGGCCCCUGUCCCAGGACCUGCUGCCUGCCAGGUUUGUCGCCAUGCCAGUCGAGGCUCCUAUGGUUGGAUGUCAAAGAAUGAUUCGGACUCGCAUCUCAAACAGAAACAACAGGGAGCAGUGUUUGAAGAUGAUCAUGACAUGGAUGCGGUGGAAGUCAAACUGGACUCUAUUAUUAGUGAAGAGAAGAGAAGACACAAAGCAGCAAAGUUUCAUAUGAUCAAGAGGAAAAUGAACAGUCCUGGAGCUCCACAGAGGAAGCUCAGCUGGGAUGCCAUUGAGCAGAUAAGGUACUUAAAGCAGGAGUCUCCAGAGGAAUGGACUCUCCAGAGACUAGCAGAGGGUUUCUCUGUCAGCCCUGAUGUCAUUUCCAGAGUCCUGCGCAGCACAUUCACCCCACCAGAAGCCCGCAAGCUAAAGCAGGAUGCUAAAGUCUCCCCCAGCAGUGGACAGCAGUAUCUCAGAGAUGGCAAAACCGAACAAUCCAGACUUCAGAAGAGCUUGGCGCCAUCAGCCCUGCUCUCCUCUGCAAACUCAUCUGACUCUGCCCUCGAAACACUGGACACCAACCGGACUGGACUGGUGCCCUCUGCUGGACACAUAACAUUAUCUAAACCGACAGCUGUACUGAAAGUAGCACCCGAAUACCGGGACAGGCUUGAGUCUGAAGGUGGGAUGGAUGUGAAUGAUGAUGUAGAGUUUGAGGACGAGUGGGAUGGAGUGAUUCUGACAGACGAAGAGCUGGAGAAAAUCACACAAACACUGCAUGACAAGCCCAGUCCAGUGGAGCAGAGAGGAAGAGACUUUUUUGAUAGUGAAGGUAACUUCCUGUAUAGAGUUUGAGACACUUGGUGUUUAUGUUUAGAAUUGUAUGUUUAAAUAAAAAAAUGUGUUUAAAGGCAUGAUUCAAUCAAAAAACAAACAUUUCUUCACCAUUUAUGUAAACUUUAAAGGGCACCUAUGAUGAAAAUCAACUUCUGCAAGCUGUUUGGACAGAACUGUCUGUAUGUAGAGUGUGUCCACUGUCAUGUUGGAGUGAUAGAAAUACAACAAGUCACUUUUUAAAAAUUUCCUGACAUUAAAAUAGGACCCAAAUACCGAUGAUUUUGAGGCCCACCGCAAUAUGACGUAGGAGUGCGGUUUUCCCCAUCGACCGAUUGAUUAACAGGCGUCAUGUUUCUAUAAUAACAUGUAUACACAUGUCCACAGAACGUUUUUUAGCAUAAAAAUGAGAUUAAAAUAUCUGUUCCAACUUUAAUUUUAUAAGUUUUUUAAACAUAUUGAUUUUACUGUCUUUAUUACAAACAUGCUAUCUAAUUCUUAACUGCUAUAAUCACCACAGCCGCAUGCUGUCAGUAAACGCUAAUAUGUGUGUUUAUGCGUGUGUACUGCAAACAGCAUUUGUGUGAGACUCAUCAUUUCAGAAAGACUUGAAUAAACUACUCCACAAAUACAUCAAAUAAACUUACUUGGUAUUUAUGA